UCCACUUUAUAGUGUAGACCUGAUAUGGACAUAUUAGCUAGCUAGCUGAUAGAUGUGGUUCCUAUUUUGAGUAAAUUACGAUUUAUUUCAGAUAAUCCAAAAAAUAAUUAACACAAAGAAGGAGUCGGGAUACAAGAGCCAGUUUGCUUGGAGAUAUAACUGAUUCGCUGCUCGCUUGUGUCUUUAUUCACAUUGCUCUAUCUAGCUAGCUAACCUAGCUAGGUUAGUUAACUUGGCUAGUUGGCCAAAUAUGACACGACGAGUUGCUAUAACUAACGGUAGCUUCUUCGUCUGCUAGAAUAGACCAAUAGUGUCUCAGACGUAGCUACGACUUGGCACAUAUGAAAAUGUCGUUUGAGCUUGAAUUAAGAUACUGAACGUAUUCGGCGAGAACUACGAGUACAAUAUAGGUAUCUAGCCAACAGUGGCCAUUCGUCAGCAGGUAGGCUGACGGCAGUUCCAUAGCGAGUUAUAAGCACUUGAUCGCCAACUCCAAAUCGACAUGGAUUUUGACAACGUGCUGUCUAUCGCGUCCCAAAACCAGGGAGUUAGCGGCGUACAGAAAAGGUAUAGUCUGAAACCUGGUCCUCCAAAAAAAGACCCUAAAGUGAAAGGGGUCAAUUCAGCUGCAGUGCAAGCAUUCUUGAAGAAGCAGGAGGUAGAACAUAAAAAGAAAGAACUGGAGAAAAAAAGGCAAAAAGAUGAUCUACUGGCUAAGAGAGUGGAAUUGAAAUCUGACAGAAAGGCACGUGCGAUGGCAUCUCGCACAAAGGACAACUUCAGGGGCUACAACGGCAUACCUGUUGUUGAUCAGCCCAAGAAAAAGCAGUCAAAGACAGGAAAUCUCGAAGAACGGCAAGACUUUAGUGAUGCUUAUGAUGAGGACAAUUAUGAAUAUGUAGACUCUAAUUCUGAAUGUGAGCAAGAAACGGUGCCAGUAAGACCUCAGGCACGAAUUGAUGGUCCAAGCAAAAAUGGUGGCACACAGAGAAAAAACAUUCCAGCCAAGGCUGCUCGGCCAUGCUUGAACUUUGCAGAUCUCUUAAAGCUUGCAGAAAAAAAACAAUUUGAGCCUGUUGAGUUAAAACCAACCAAAAAAAUUGAAGAGAGGCUUCGCACUGCAGAUGAAAUUAAGGAAUUGGAAUUUGAACGUAAAGUUAAGAAACAAGAUAAAGGAAAAGACAGUAAAGCAGAUAAGAGUUCAGGGUUAAAAAAUGGCAAAUCUAGCUCAAAUUCUCACAAGAAAAGUGUGUCAGACAGGGACAACAGGGAAGGCAAAUCGCACAAGUCCUCUGUUGAGAAACCACCCAGUGGAAUUAGCAAAAUGCCAAAGUCUCUCGCACAAAGUGAACGGCUGCACAGUUCUGCCAAGUUAUCUCAUGGAAAUGGAUCCAAACCUAGCUCGAGCUUCUCACGUGCCUUAAGUGGUAAAGCUACUAUGACGGGUGGUACUCUAGUUUCAGUUAAGCAAGCACCGUCCAGGCCACAGUCAGGCCAAAAGCUCACCACCUCAAGUGACCUUACCUCAAAGAAGGGGUAUCCUGGAUUGCCUCAAGAAAAGGCAAGUGGUUCCGGCAGCCGACCUGUUGCAGCUUCAAACCCAUCUAGACUGUCAAACCAAGCGCAAGGGAUCAAAGUAUCUGGGCAGGUCAGACCCAGUCAGGGUAACUCAAGCAAAGGACCACCUCAGAAGCUUGGAAAGGGAGAUUUGCCACGAUCUGUAGGCAGCGCUCCCCCUCGACCAGGUAGCAGUGGACCUAUACGAGCUGCACCUGGUGGCUUCUCAAAGCAAGCAGGCAUGCAGCAGCCAAGACCUGGAGGAGGCUUGCAGGGUCGUUCUGUUCCUCCAGGAGCAAGACCCUCUGAAAAUGGACCUAGCAGACCUGGUUGGGGUGUGCCUGCACGACCACUAAACAGUAUGGGCCCCGGUCCUGGAAGACCCCAGUGUACUGUUGUAUCGGAGACUAUUUCAUCUAAGAAUUUUGCACCAAAAUCAGAAAUGACACCAAGACCCUUGGUUCCCCAAGGACCCAGGACAAUAAUAGGACCAACAGGCCAUAGAAUUUUGGUUAGACCACCUGGACCAGUGCUGCCACCAAUAACAUCUAGCUACAAACGCAAGUGCGAAGAUGAAGAAGAUUAUGAUCCAGAGAUGGAUGACUUCAUCGACGAUGAAGGAGAAGACCAAGAUGAAAUCUCAAAACACAUCAGAGAAAUCUUUGGCUAUGACCGGAACAAAUACAAAGAUGAGAGUGACUAUGCAUUGAAGUUUAUGGAGAGCAGCUGGAAAGAACAGCAGAAAGAGGAGGCAAGAAGUUUACGCUUGGGCAUCAAAGAGGACGAAGAAGAAAUGCGUAUGGAGGAGGAGGAGAUGAAAAGGAAACAAGAAAUGAAAGCAAAACGGAGAAAGACUUGAUGCAUGUGUUUGAUGUCAUUGGGUGAAGUCAGGCGCAUAGGGCAGGUUUGAGACUUCUUGUGCCACCGUGCAAGUAAUGUUACAUUUAUUUAUUUCAAACAGCCAAAAUAAGUGAGCGGUUUUGCACUAUCAAGAGCCCAUCGUUCCUAGCUGAGCUUUAGAGAAAGUAAUGAGUCACCUACAUUUUUAUAUCAAUAAAUAUCAUGAAAUUAACUAUUUUGAGGUUGCCUUAGAGCACAAGCAAUGACUGCGUCAACAUUUGAUCAGGAUGACGCAGACCAGUAGUCUUAUUUUAUUACUUGUAUUAUUUAAUUGAUGACAGGAGAAAAUGAGAAACAGAAAUUUGUUUGCAAUGUAUUUUUUUCCUUGUUAAAGUGAUUUGACAGAUUAUCAUCUCUUGUGAAUAUCUUUUUUUUUUUUUUUUUUUUGCUUGUCUGCAAGUAUAUUUGAGUUCAGAUGGCCAGACCAAGAUGUCAUGCUUGUUCAUAAUGAACUGUGUCAGGGUCCACUUGUAAUCCAAGUUUGUGUGUUUUGUAUAUUAAGACUCCAUCUUUUUGGUAGGUCUA